GUAUUGUCGAUACUUUAUCAGAAAUAAAGUACGGUGUGGGAAGUAUUUCAAAAUCGAGCUUGUUUUUGUGAACUGAAGUUUAAAAGAAAUUAGAGGAGUUCGAUUAACGAGUGAGGCAAACCUUGGUAGUCCACACUUCCAGCGCCUUUCUGACUCUACCUUCGCAGUUCCACGCUGCGGCAGCUUCCUGCCAGGAUAAGGAAUAGUUAUCUGCUUAGUCUCAUCCUUCAUAUUUGGCAAUCUGAGGAAAAGGUCUGAGCCAGCAUGAAGACAGAAUCCCCUCUUCGUUAGAGAAAAACUUUCUGCCUGACGCAGUUCAUUUCAAGAAGUGCACGAUGACAGAGCGUGGAAUUAAAUGGGCUUGUGAGUAUUGUACAUAUGAAAAUUGGCCAUCUGCAAUCAAAUGUACCAUGUGUCGUGCUCAGAGACCUAGUGGAACAAUUAUCACAGAAGAUCCAUUUAAAAGUGGUUCAAGUGAUAUUGGUAGAGACUGGGAUCCUACGAGCACUGAAGGAGGGAGUAGUCCUUUGAUAUGUCCAGAUUCUAGUGCAAGACCAAGGGUUAAAUCAUCUUACAGUAUGGAAAGUGCAAAUAAAUGGUCGUGCCACAUGUGCACAUACUUGAACUGGCCAAGAGCGAUAAGGUGUACUCAGUGCUUGUCUCAACGUAGGACCAGGAGUCCCACAGAGUCUCCUCAGUCUUCAGGCUCUGGUUCAAGACCAGUCCCUCUUUCUGUUGAUCCAUGUGAGGAAUAUAAUGACAGAAAUAAACUGAACACAAGGGCUCAGCACUGGACUUGUUCUGUUUGUACAUACGAAAACUGGGCGAAGGCCAGGAAAUGUGUUGUAUGUGAUCAUCCCAGACCUAACAACAUAGAAGCAAUAGAACUGGCAGACACAGAAGAGGCUUCUUCAAUCAUAAAUGAGCAAGACAGAGCUCGAUGGAGAGGAAGCUGUAGUAGUGGUAAUAGCCAAAGAAGAUCUCCACCUACAACCAAACGUGAAUCUGAUGUGAAAAUGGACUUCCAAAGAAUUGAAUUGGCUGGAGCUGUGGGCAGCAAGGAAGAACUUGAAGUUGACUUCAAAAAACUAAAGCAAAUAAAAAAUAGAAUGAAAAAGACCGACUGGCUGUUUCUAAAUGCUUGUGUUGGAGUUGUAGAAGGUGACUUAGCUGCUGUUGAAGCUUACAAGUCAUCAGGAGGAGAUAUUGCCCGCCAGCUUACUGCAGAUGAAGUACGCCUGCUAAAUCGCCCUUCUGCUUUUGACGUUGGGUACACACUUGUACAUCUGGCGAUACGCUUUCAGAGACAAGAUAUGCUAGCAAUUUUGCUUACAGAGGUGUCACAACAUGCAGCGAAGUGUAUUCCUGCCAUGGUGUGUCCAGAGGUCACAGAACAAAUUCGUCGUGAAAUUGCUGCAUCUCUUCAUCAACGAAAGGGAGACUUUGCUUGCUAUUUCCUGACUGACCUUGUAACGUUUACGUUACCUGCAGAUAUUGAAGACUUACCACCCACAGUCCAAGAAAAGUUAUUUGACGAAGUACUUGAUAGAGAUGUUCAGAAAGAGCUAGAAGAGGAAUCUCCCAUUAUUAACUGGUCACUGGAACUGGGUACGCGCUUGGACAGCAGAUUAUAUGCACUUUGGAAUCGGACUGCAGGGGACUGCCUGCUUGAUUCAGUACUACAAGCCACUUGGGGCAUUUACGACAAGGAUUCAGUGCUGCGGAAAGCUCUUCACGACAGUUUACAUGACUGCUCACAUUGGUAAGUUAGUUUUUACGUCAACUUUAAAGAUAGCUUUCCAUAGUGGGAAUCGUGGUAUUCCCAAAGCUUUGGUUUACAUUUCUCAUUGCGAGAGGAACAGUGGCAGGAAGAUUGGGCAUUCAUACUCUCUCUUGCGAGCCAGCCUGGAGCGAGUUUGGAGCAGACACACAUUUUUGUACUUGCACAUAUUCUUAGAAGACCAAUUAUAGUUUAUGGAGUAAAAUAUUAUAAGAGUUUCCGAGGAGAAACAUUAGGAUAUACCCGCUUUCAAGGUGUAUAUUUGCCUUUGUUAUGGGAACAGAGUUUUUGUUGGAAAAGUCCUAUUGCUCUGGGCUACACAAGGGGCCAUUUCUCUGCUCUGGUUGCAAUGGAGAACGAUGGUUAUGGCAAUCGAGGUGCUGGUGCUAACUUGAACACUGAUGAUGAUGUUACUGUUACUUUUCUACCGUUGGUGGAUAGCGAGAGGAAAUUAUUGCACAUUCACUUCCUUUCUGCUCAAGAGAUAGGUAAUGAGGAGCAGCAAGAAAAGCUGCUUCGGGAAUGGCUGGACUGCUGUGUGACAGAAGGAGGGGUUCUCGUUGCGAUGCAGAAAAGCUCCCGUAGGCGCAAUCACCCACUGGUCACCCAGAUGGUAGAGAAGUGGCUCGAUCGCUACCGACAGAUCCGCCCUUGUACAUCCCUUUCCGAUGGCGAGGAAGACGAGGAUGAUGAUGAUGAAUGAUGAUGAAGAAAUUGAAAAGAAAAUUACCAGCGCAGAGUGUCUGACCCGGAGUUAGCGUUGUGCUCUAGCAGUUCGUUGUGGAACGACCCAAUUCUAGAGGAAACAUGCUGUAAAGGAUUUUUCUAACCAGCAUGGAGAGAGUCUAGAAGCUCAUCUGCUGCGUGAAGAGAGCGAAACGGGCUGGACUACAGUUUGUAUAAAAACAAAGAAAAAGAAACAAAAAACAGCUAAUUUUAUUAUCAAGACAGAAAAAACCAUUUUUCUUUCUGAUUGUAAAUCUGUCUAUAAAUGUACCGCAUGUGGUUGUGUAAGAGGUUGUGUAAUAGGAAAAGUAUACCAGCAUCUUAAUUAUUGCGAAGAAAUUUUUCAAGUAAGGGCACUUAUGAAAGCACAUGUUAGAUUGGAUAUCUCUUCCCUCCAAGAUUCUUUUACAGUAGAACUUGGUAUUCUACAUCACCUUUUAGAUGAUACUCUGACACAUUUCCGUGAAAAGCCCUUUUAUGUGAAAUCUCACUAGUGCCCAGGUCAGAUUGUGAGGUUUUUUUGUUUGCACAAAAUAUCCACAGCAAGUCGUAAGCAAAAAUACAUUCGUUAUUUUACUAAUAUUUUAGUUACUGCUGUGCCCAUAUAAUAAAAUCUAAACUCUAUGGAACAAACUGGAAGAGAAGCUAAAUUUUUCAUUGAGUGAAAUGAUUUGUUUUCUGAAAAGUUUUGGGUUUUCUUUUUUUUUUCUUCUUCUAAUAGUUAAUAGAUUCCUUUCAGUAUACAUAAGAAUAUUUAUUCAGAGAAGUGACCUAAAAUACAGGGUUUUUAUUCCAGCGAGCAUAUACUAAACAAAAUUGUGUGAAAUUUGAGAACUCGGACACGAUUGAGAAUUUCAUAUUGUUAGAACUCCGUCUUGCUGUGAUACAAACCAUGUAUCGUUUUAUCAUUUAUUCUUUCAUCAACUUAAACAUUGCUGCAAAUGAAGAAACACCUUUUUAAAGGCUUACUCCUCGGUCAUUAAAUCUAGUGAGAAUACACUUGGCAGUUCUAAUUAAAAAGAAGAAUCUAUGCUAAGGUUGUUUUUAAAAGCACUGUGUUAUAUAUUUCUCAGUAUGUAAACCUGGGAAUUUCUUGCAUGUUGAUUGAUGUGGCCAUACUUAAACUUAUGUAAGUUCCUAAGAUUGUAAGUUCAGAGUAUAUUCUCCAGUAGAAAUUUUAUUAUAUUUGAUAACUUUAGCCAUGUAACCUGUAAUGGAUAAAGUUUAUCUAAAAAUCUCACUUAAACACUAAAGGUUAAUGCCAGUUUUUACAUAUACAGUGCAAUUCAGGUUGUCUUGAAAAGCACUUUUGAUGGUGUGGUGGUUGAAUAAGGAAUUUUGCAGUAGAUGAAAUUGUUUUAACUAGAAUUUGGAAAGAAGCCCCAUAGCACAUAUUUUUAUGUAGUUCAGAGCUAUGGAAACCCUGAGGAACUUGCUGCUUUUUCUUCCAAAUGCUGCUUAGAUGGUGUUGAAAUGUGCACAACUCCUACAUAAACUUGGUGAGGACACCAAAAGUAUAGAAAUAAUGAAGUACUGUAUUAACUUAGCAAUUUUCCCAUCACAGAUUCCAUUGAGGUUUAUUAUGAAAUGUCGUCACCUUUUUUUGGCC